AAGAAGAAAGAUUAGCACGGCUAACGUUAGCUAGCAGGUGGGGCUCGAAAAAAUGUUGCGCUGCAGAUGUUUUUAUCGUUUUUUCUCCUCCAGCGAGGCACAGCCGUAACUAAAAACCACCCAGGCCACAUGUUAAAGAGUCAGACAGAAAAUAAUCACCGGUGUUUGUCGUUAGAGUGGUUUAUUAAGUCUUGUUUUAGGAGGCUUCGUGCAGGCGGAGGGGGUCGCGUCUCCUCCGGACAGCUGCCCGUCAGUUAGCUAACGUUACAACGUCAGGAACAUGUGACCCAGUGCAGCAGAGAGACUCACUGAUGGGGUUUAAUAGUUUCUGGACAACAGUGGCGGAAGAAGAAACAUCAGGCUGUGAGACGCACAGGACUCGUUAGGAAAUACAUUCACUUCUGGUUUAGGGAGGAUUGUGGAAAACAGCAGCCAUGGCAGCUCCAGUAAACAUCCAGACUCCCAGUAAGACCUGGGAGCUGAGUCUGUAUGAGCUUCACAGGAGCCCUCAGGAGGCGAUCAUGGAUGGGACGGAGGUGGCGGUCUCUCCGCGCUCUCUGCACAGCGAGCUGAUGUGUCCCAUCUGUCUGGACAUGCUGAAGAACACCAUGACGACCAAAGAGUGUCUGCACCGCUUCUGCUCCGACUGCAUCGUCACCGCGCUGCGAUCAGGGAACAAAGAGUGUCCGACCUGCAGGAAGAAGCUGGUCUCCAGGCGUUCGCUGCGCCGAGACUCAAACUUCGACGCGCUGAUCUCGAAGAUCUACCCGAGCCGGGACGAGUACGAGGCCCACCAGCGCCGCGUCCUGGAUCGACUCAACAGGCUUCACAACAAGGAAGCACUGAGCUCCAGCAUCGAGGAGGGGCUCCGACAGCAGGCUCGCUACAGGUCCGAGAGGAACCACCGGGUGAAGAAGCCGACUCAGGAGAGUGACAACACCACCUUCAGUGGAGGGGAAGAUAACGGCGACGCCCGCUCUCACCUGUCUCAUGACUCUGCCCCCUCACACACCCCUCACCCCCCGGGCCAGACCCCUUCUGAGGCCGGACCGAGCCGCAAGCGGCGUGUGUCGGAAGACGGCUCGGGGCCCGAGGCGGACAGCGGCAGCCCCACCCCUCCGCUGAGACGCCACAAAGAGGGGCCGGGGUCGGAGAUAGAGCUGGUGUUCAGACCACACCCGCAGCUGGUCCACGCCCAGGACUACAACCAGACCAGAUAUGUGAAGACGACAGCCAACGCCACAGUGGACCAUCUGUCUAAAUACCUCGCUCUGCGCAUCGCUCUGGAGGAAGGACGGAACAACAGAGAGCCGGAGGACAGAGGAACAGCGGAGAGGGGAGGAGAGGAAAGAGGAGGAGGAGGAGGAGAAACUGAAGGAACAGCAGGAAGCGGAGAGGGGUCGACUCUGAGCAACAUCAGUGAGAAACAGUACACCAUCUACAUCCUGACGAGAGGAGGACAGUUUUCUACGCUGAACGGCUCUCUGACUCUCGAGUUGGUCAACGAGAAAUACUGGAAGGUCAGGAAGCCUCUGGAGCUUUACUACGCUCCCACCAAAGACCAACCACAACCACCGCAACAGAAGUCUCCCCCACCACCACCACCUCCUCCUCCUCCUCCUCCUCAGAGGGAGGGAUGAGGCAGAGCAGUGUGGCGCUUUUCUCUUCAACGCUCCUCCCGUUUAACCACAUGGCUGAAAAGAUUAUCAGUGUCUCUUUUUAAAAAUGGACUGGCAUUAAUACUGCCCUGUUUGAAUUCAUCUGCAAACUGGACUGAUCAUUCAGGAUGUGUGAAAUCUGACCUGAGACCUGAUUUUGGUUUUUUGAAGGAUUAAUCAACAAGGAAAAAAAAAAAGGUCAGCAGCAGUGAGGAGAAGGAAAACACAAACCACUAAAUAACAGCUGGUACAUCUUCGCUUUUUGUCAACAGACCCGGAGGACGAGCGGGUUGCCUUUUGUUUUCUCCUGAGGCUGCGAAAGCAUCUGCGACUUGUUAGCUUUUGUUUUCCAUCAGUUUGAAUAUCUAAUGACAAAUAAUUAACUACACGCAUUUUAAAAUACAAAGCCGUGCAAAGGCUCUGCUGCUGCAGCUUCUCUGAUCUGGAUAGUUUACAUUUUUUAGUGCUGAUGCCAAAAAUGAAAACUAAGUUUCAGUUCUGAUUCCAGGUGGGAUUGUUUUUCCAAUACUCAAAAUAAACACACUUUAUUUAUUUCUCCUAACACAAACAGCCAUUUAACAACAACUAAUAGAGAAUUUAAUGACAUUUGGCGAACUUAUUAAGGCGAUACCUACGGAAGCCCGUGUCUGCCAGAAAAAGAAAAUGAACAGUUAAAAAUGCUGAAAAAUACUCAAAAUUAUGUGACCAUUAGGACUAAAUAUGAGAUCAGUCAUGAUUUUGUAAGUAUUUACUUUGUCAGAAUUAUGGCAAACAAAUUUAUCAUUUUGAGAUUAAUCGUUCUGGGUAAGUCAUAAAAGCUUUCUGGACUUUCUCUGUCCAGAAAGUUGUAUGGUUAAAUUUUGACAGUAAUUCAAGUUUGGCCUGAAUUUCACUGCUGUGUCGCUAUAAACAUAUCAUUUUGCCUUCCCGUAAGUUAUUUUUGUCAUUGCUAACAUUACGUUUACUUGGAUAAAUCUCUUGCCGAAGAUGCCGUAAAACAGGACCAAUAAUCCGACGAGUUUGACUUUGUUACUAAGCUUACUGCUUCAAGACGUUAAGAAUCCUCUUUUAGAAAAGAUCAAAGUCAAGUUUUGGUUUUUAAAAACUUAAGUAAUUCUUCUUAGUUUCUGAACUCAAUUUAAUGUCAGAAUUAAUCUAUUUAUGAAGUAUUUGUGCAAUUUCAUUUUUAACACGACUGAAGCUCUUUGCUGCUUUCAGACAGAAUCAGACCGCUUGGCACUAAAGCAAGUGAUUGUGCAUUACGUCUCAGUUUGACCUGCUCUAUCACAGAUUCGCUUUCCUCCUUAUGCACUUAGAAUUAAACUUUAUUGUUUUCACACACACAGGCUGUAACGCGCUUCAGCAGCACGUUCAAACCAGCGUCGAGUCAUUCCCAUUUCUGCAAACGCGCCCAUCAAUUUUCUGAACUGCUUAUCCUGUUGAGGGUGGAGGAGGGGCUGGAUCCUAUCCCAGCAUGCACUGGGUGGCUAUACACUAGCAAUACUCUGGCUGGUUAAAGAGGAGAUGUGCAGGUUCUUUGAACUUAUCUGCUAUAUUUUACUAAAAAACAUCUCACCUUUAAACAUGUAGCUGUAACACCCACCAUACCUCAUGUUUUAUUCUGUAAACAUACCAAGAUUUUGUUCCACGUUUCCCCCUAAAAAAAAAGCAUGAAAAUUACUUAACCUUUUUCCGUUAAGGCCAUACGCUUUAGUUCCGGUUUAACCAGAGAUCUUUUCUGUUUCGCCUCUUUGCUCCACUUCUGUCUUUAUGCACUUUAUAUUUCCUGCAGCCAUAUCAAUUCUACUUUACCUCAGAUUUUAAUGGAACAUUUGUAUAUUAAGAAUAAUGCAAUAUUUCCUUUUCUUCUGUUGUAUAAUUACUCUUACCUUCUCUUAGCAAUGCAGCACAAUAAACAUAACGAUCAUG